AUGGGCUACUCCCGUGGGCAGACCAUCGCCAUCGCCGUCAUAUUUAUGGUAUUGCCUACGUCUGUUGUGGGUCUGCGGAUAUGGGCAAAGACCAUGAGCCGUCGAGGCUUUGGAUGGGAUGAUUACCUGAUCUUAUUGGCUCUGGCGACUACGAUAGGGUCUUGUGUAGUUCAACUCAUAGCUGCGAUUGAUGGACAGCUCGGCCAGCAUCAGACGGACGCGCCAAAUGGCAUGCCAAUCCUGAACGACCCUCGCUUUUUGCGCUACGAGACGUGCAAAUUUGCGUUACAGAUGCUCACGUACUCCGGCUAUGGUCUCGCCAAAGCUUCGAUUCUCGUCCUCUAUAUGCGCAUCUUCGAUGUUCGAGCAUUUCGUAUACGAGCGAAAAUUCUCUUGGUGGUUGUCACCGCAUGGACCAUCUCCUUUUUUUUUGCAAGUUUGUUUCAAUGUUAUCCAAUAACACCCUUGAUCGAGCCGUUUUACGGUAAGAAAUGUGUGAACGCGAUUCCGCUGUGGUAUGUUGGCAGCUCAACGGACAUCCUGUUGGAUUGCCUGAUUCUCGCCUUGCCCAUACCGAUGGUCCUGAAAUUACAACUUCCCCAAAAGCAGAAGAUAGGUGUCAUAUGUAUGCUUCUUUUGGGUGCAUUAGCCACUGCUUCGAGCGUUGCGCGCUUGGUGGUGUACGUCCAAGUCGGCAAUAUUCUGGCUGUCCAUUUCAACGAUGAAACGUAUUACACAUCUCCGGUCUUCAUCUGGAGCGUAAUUGAACUUGCUCUUGGCGUCAUCAGUGCGUGUCUACCAACUCUUCGCCCUAUCUUUCUGCGAUACAGGACCAAACCCAAUUCGCAAGAAAGUGGAGUGUCGGCAUACAAGUCCUUUGGUUCCUUCCGCUACGGUAGACAUCCUUACGGACGCUCGGCUUCGAGAAGUGACGACUACGAGAUUCCAGUGCUCAAAGCUUUGGAGCCUGCUGUGCAUACCCACAUCAAGGGACCUGAUGCCGAAAAUCUGGAAUUGCCAGAAGUGGGAGUCAUAAUGGUUCAUCAGAACAUUGAGCAUGUCUAA